ACACAAGACCUGGCACCAGCAACUGUUGAAGAGGUGGGUAUAAAAGAGGUCUCUGAGAACCUGGAGGAGACAUCCAAAUCCAAGAACCUCCCUCACCUGCAAACCAACCCAGAACCUCAAUCCACCAACAUCAUGGUCAGCUCCUGUUGUGGCUCCACCCGCGGUGGCCAAGGCUGUGGCUCUGGCUGUUGCGGCUCCAGCUGCUGCUGCCAGCCUUGCUGCCGCCCCAGCUGCUGUACUUCUAGCUGCUGCCAGCCAUGCUGCCGCCCCAGCUGCUGUACCUCUAGCUGCUGCCAGCCCUGCUGCCGCCCCAGCUGCUGCACUUCUAGCUGCUGCCAGCCCUGCUGCCGCCCCAGCUGCUGUACUUCUAGCUGCUGCCAGCCCUGCUGCCGCCCCAGCUGCUGUACUUCUAGCUGCUGCCAGUCAUGCUGCCGUCCCUGCUGCUGCCACCCCAGCUGCUGCACUUCUAGCUGCUGCCAGCCCUGCUGCCGCCCCUGCUGCUGCCGCCCUUGCUGCUGCCAGCCCUGCUGCUGCCGCCCCAUCUGCUGCCAGACCACUUGCUGCAGAACUACCUGCUGCCGCCCAACCUGCUGUGGCUCUUGCUGCUGAGCUCUGCUGACCUCUCACAUGUGUCUGCAUAUGCCCACCUUCCCCAUGUUCUCUCAGACUGGCAGCACAUCAUUUCUUCCACUGAUUUAAUUCAAAAACACCUUCUUCAGGGCUAACAGUAUCUCACAUUUAUCCACGUGAGACCAUUUCCAAUGAACACUACCUACUCAACAUCCCAAUGCCAUCAAUCUCUUGCCUUCAUCCUCUUACUAGGACACCAAAUUCUUAUUUAAUAUAUAUCCACGCAAUGCAAUUCUUCAUAAUUCCCCCACACCCUCACUGUCACUGAGCAAGACAAUAUCGACCAUAUGUUUAGCUUAUAAUCACCUUUUAUUACUCAGCUUGCAAUGAGGUCUCUUUCUCAAUUUACCCAUCAUAUGGAUUUGCCUUUGUCUUAGUUUUUAUCCAAUUCCAAAUAAAACUUCCUGGAAAUCAAUGGAAUCCAAUGCUUUGGUGAAUUCUCUCUUUUUGUCUUCUUUGACUAUGUUAGAGCACCUCUCACAAUCACAGAAUUGCCCAUUUCAAAGGGUCUCCAAUGGCCUAUCAGUUUAACCAAGAUCCCAACAGAAUAUUCACUAUCAUAGAUUUCAUAAAUGCUCAUCCUGUCUUUGCAUCCUAUCAUGUGUUUUGUAUAAGGAAACCAAAAUGCAAAAAUAAAAUUUCUGUUCUUCCCUACUCAUUACAAAACAAAGAAAUCUUAUUCAGAUACCUAUUAUGAUUCUUCUCAGGCAAAGAGCUAGCCAAGUGAUUGAGUGACUUAUGGUCUUGCAUGGAUCAUUUUCUCAUGUCUUUGUGUCAGUCAGUCAGGGAUAGAUUUAGUGAAUGUUCGUUGGGGAUUGGAGAACCUUGUUAUGAUCAAAGAGGUAAGAGGAUCAUUUCAGAAUGACAAAAUUCUGAUAUGGGUAGGACAGAAAAGAAUAAGUUAUUCUGCUUCACUUAAGAUCACUGGAUGAGAGUCUGGCUCAAACAGAGUAUGGAAAAUUGGGGAAUCAGAAUUCACAGGAUAUUCCAAGUUGGCUUGAUGGAUAUUUCCCUGUAAUGCUUGCCUUGAAAAUGUUGUCAUGAAAUCACUAUAGCUUCAGAAUAAGGUUUAGACCCUGUGUUGAGACCACAAAUGAGCUCCUAAAAUACAUCAUUUAGGUUGGAUGUGAGAAUAUCAAUUCACAUAAUUUUAAGAGUAGACAAGUUCACCCUUCCUGCCAUGCAGAUAUUUCUUGGGUGACAAUCACUUUCCUAUUUU